AUGUUUUGUCUUGGUUCAGACGAAGAAGGCUGUCCAUGUGUCAAGCUUCAAGAAGUUGACUUUAUUCCUGCACUGUACAGAAUUAUUGAUGAAAUUUUAGUAAAUGCUGUGGAUAAUCAUCACAGAAAAGGAACCCAUACAAACGAGUUACGAGUAACAGUCGAUGAAAAUUCAAAUUGGAUCGAAGUUUACAAUAAUGGAAAAUCAAUACCGAUCACUAUACAUCCAACCGAGAAAAUUUAUGUUCCAGAGUUAGUUUUUGGCUAUUUACUCACUGGCUCGAAUUUUGACGAUAAUGAAGUUAAAUUCACAGGAGGAAGAAAUGGAUAUGGAGCAAAAUUAGCAAAUAUAUUUAGUACUGAUUUUAUAGUUGAAAUCAGAGAUGCAAAAGGAAGCAUUUACAAACAACAUUGGUCAAAGAAUAUGAGUACAUGCUCUACUCCUGAAAUUACGAAAGGCCAAGCGGGUAGCAAGACAGAGCCAUAUAUCAAAGUCAGAUUUCAUCCUGACUUUUCUAAAUUCUCCAGUCAAGGAUUUAAGUAUGAAAGCGGAUUUAUUGACUUGAUUAAGAGAAGAAUAUUUGACUUAUCUGCUUGUAAUCCAAAGUUGCAAGUAUAUCUUAAUGACUCAAAAAUAGAAGUAGGCAGUUUCAAAGAAUAUGUAAAACUUUUCUAUUCUGCUAAUAAGACUGUUGAGCAUCCAGAAAAGUUGUUCGUGCACAAACAUAUUGCUGAUGGGUGGGAAAUUGCAGUAGGAGCAGCUAUGGGAGACGAAUUUUCUCAAUUCAGCUUUGUAAAUAGCAUUUCUACUACACAAGGAGGUAGUCACGUCAACUAUGUCCUGUUUCAGCUUUCUUCCAAAAUUUCGGAAUACAUUUCAAAGACCUACAGCGAUUUACAAUUAACCAUUCCACCUGCCAUGGUUAAGAAUCACCUCACUCUCUUUGUAAAUUGCUUAAUCGAAAACCCAACAUUUGACAGUCAGACGAAAGAGACACUCACCACCAAGUCUGUUUCAUUCAGCCAGAAAAUUAAUAUUUCAAAUGAUUUUAUAGCCCAAAUUGCAUCUCACACACCAAUCAUAGAAAAUAUUAUUUCGUUCGCUCAAUACAAACAAUCAGCAAGAGCCAAGAAACCAAGAAAAAGAGAAUCCAAAUUAGCAAUUCCAAAGCUGGAUGAUGCCAACCUUGCUGGAACUGAUCGAUCACUCGAAUGUGUACUCAUAUUAACAGAAGGUGAUUCAGCCAAAGCACUUGCAAUAUCAGGUCUGUCAGUGGUUGAAAGAGACAGGUAUGGUGUCUUCCCUCUAAGAGGAAAAGUGUUAAACGUGAGAGAAGCCUCAAUGGAUCAAAUCAAAGAAAAUCAAGAAGUACAACACUUGAAGAAAAUUUUAGGAUUAGAUGAUGUGUUAAAAACGGAUAGUUUCGAAGAUGUCAAGAAAAAGUUACGUUAUGGUAAAAUUAUGCUAAUGUGUGACCAAGACCAUGAUGGCUCACACAUCAAAGGUCUUUUGAUCAAUAUGAUUCAUUACUUUUAUCCUCAAUUAUUGAAGAAUAAUUUCAUCGAUCAAUUUAUUACUCCCAUAGUGAAAGUUUCCAAAGGCGCUGAAACAAAAUCUUUCUUCUCUUUGCCAGAAUUUGAAAAUUGGAAGAAUUCUCUUUCCGAGAAUGAGAGAGAAAAAUGGAAUCAAAAGUACUACAAAGGAUUGGGUACUAAUACCUCCAAAGAGGCAAAAGAAUACUUUUCAAAUCUGAAAAAACAUAUCAUUGAAAUGAAAUAUGAUGAAAAAACAGAGGAAAAUAUUGAAAAAGCAUUUUCAAAGGAACUUACCAAUGUUAGAAAAUUAUGGCUUGCCCAUUUUAAAGAAGGAACCUAUUUGGACACUUCCAAGGGCACUGUGACACUGAGCGAUUUCAUUGACAAGGAACUCAUUCUAUUUUCCAAUCAGAAUAAUAUCAGAUCAAUUCCAUCACUUGUCGAUGGCCUCAAACCGAGUCAACGAAAGAUUUUGUUUUGUUGUCUAAAAAGAGAUCUAAAGAAUGAAAUUAAGGUUGCACAGUUGGCUGGCUACGUAAGCGAACACAGCGCCUAUCAUCAUGGAGAGCAAGCUUUGUAUAAUACUAUUACAGGUAUGGCUCAAGACUUUGUUGGAUCUAAUAAUAUUCCUCUCUUGUAUCCGAGUGGUCAAUUUGGUACAAGACUUCAAGGAGGUGACGAUGCUGCAAGUGCCCGAUAUAUUUUCACCAGACUAAAUAAGUUGACUCGAAUGAUUUUUAUGAAAGAAGAUGAUCCAAUCCUUGAUUACAACGAAGAAGACAAUAUGAUCAUUGAACCUAAAUUUUAUGUUCCAAUCAUUCCAAUGUUACUUGUGAAUGGCGCUGAAGGAAUGGGUACUGGUUGGUCGACAUCAAUUCCAACAUUUAAUCCACUUGAUCUCAUUGAUGCUUUGAACAUUCUAUUGGAUUCACCAAAUGUAGAGAAUGCUAAAAUUCCUUCUCUCAAAAUGUGGGCUCGAGGUUUCAAAGGAGUAAUUGAACAAAAUGGAAAUGAUAAAUUUACAGUGAAAGGGAUCUAUUCAGUGAAACAGAAAGGCGAUGUAAUUGAAAUGGAUAUCUCUGAGUUACCUAUUGGAGAGUGGACAGAACAUUUUAAAACCCAUUUAUUGACUCUUGCAUCCAAGGACGUUGUCAAACCAAAAUUCUCUGAGAGAAACACGGAAAGCACUGUUGGUUUUACUCUCACAAUCAAUUCCUCAGAAAUUACUCCAUCAUUGUUGAAGAAGUUGAAAUUAGAAAAGUCAUUUGCAAUGACCAAUAUGACCGUUUUUUCUGCAAAUCAGGAAAUUGUUCAAUAUUCAAAUGUUGAAGAAAUCAUUAAGCAAUUCUAUAAGGUCAGAGUUGAAUAUUACGAAAAAAGAAAAGUACACCAAAUUACCCAUCUCGAAAAACAAUGUAGAAUUCUCACAAAUAAGGUUAAAUUCUUGGAUUAUAUUACUUCAGGAGAUUCCAACAUGAAACAGUUUAUGAAAACCAAACGAGAAGAUAUUCCAUCAUUCCUUAAAACAGUUGUUGGCAUUGAUAUUAAUCAAGGUGAAAGUAUUUCAUACCUUACCGAUAUGAGUUUAUUAAGUUUGACCACAGAAAAUAAGGAAAAAUUGGUCAAGCAAUUAGAAAUAGUUAAAUCUGAUUUGAAUAGUAUCAAAGCGGAUACUGCAAAACAAAUGUGGAAACGUGAUUUGAAAAAACUGAAGGAGGAGCUUAUUUCGUUAAAACAACAAUGGGUCGUGUAA